AUGGCUAAUGGUUUUAUUUCAUCCAAUGCAAUUCUAGAAGCAGAAGAUAUUGGCAAUGAGGUGUGGAAUGAGUUAUAUUGGAGAUCAUUUUUUCAAGAUAUAGAGAAAGAUGGUAUUGGUGAAGUUGAAAAUUUUAAAAUGCACGACCUUGUUCAUGAUCUAGCUCAAUCUAUUGCAGAAGAGGUUAGUGAUUGCAUUACAGAAUCAAGCCUAUCUAAAAGAAUCCUCCACCUAUCAACUUAUGGUGAGAAAUCAUCUGGGAUAGUCAGUUCAGUACAGUUGCAUGGAAUCAAAUCAUUGAGGACCCUUUUGAUGCAUCCAUACCAUUGUUCAGCAUCUCAAGUACUAAAAUGUUAUUCUUUACGAGUACUUGACUUUGAAAGAAUAACAGAGUUGCCAUCUUUGAUUUUUCGUUUGAAACAUUUAAGAUACUUGAAUCUUUCUUAUGGAGGAUUCAAAACUCUUCCAGAAUCCUUAUGCAAGUUAUGGAAUUUGCAGAUUUUAAAGUUAGAUUAUUGUUACCGCCUCCAAAGGUUGCCAUAUGGGUUGGUACAGUUGAAAGCUCUACAACAUAUAUCUUUGAAGGGUUGUCCCUCACUAUCAAGCUUGCCUCCGCAUAUAAGGAAUUUGGUUUCCCUAAAAAGCUUGACCUUUUAUGUAGUUGGCAAGAAAAGUGGGUUUCUUUUGGCGGAACUAGGACAAAUGAACCUUAUCGGAGACCUUUGCAUUAAGCACUUGGAGAGAGUAAAAAGUGUAAUGGAUGCCAAAAAAGCUAAUAUGUCGAGUAAGCGCGUGAAGCAGUUUCUAUUGUCAUGGGGGAGAAAUGAAGAGACUCAUUUACAAGAAAAUGUUGAAGAAAUUCUUGAUGUACUUCAACCUCAAAACCAACAACUUCAGUUUUUGAGAGUGGAAGGAUAUACAGGUGCCUAUUUUCCACAAUGGGUGUCUUGUCCUUCUCUGAAAUAUCUUACUCGUUUACAGCUCGUGGAUUGUCAAAGUUGUUUACACCUUCCACACUUUUGGAAACUUCCUUCUCUAAAGAAGCUAAGUGUAUCUAACAUGAGUCAUGUAAAAUACCUAUAUGAAGAAUCAUCCAAUGGUGGAGUUGUAAGAGGUUUCACAAAACUAGAAUUUUUGAUACUAGAGAAGAUGCCAAACCUGGUAAGUUUAUCAAGGGAGGACAGAGAAAACAUGUUUCCGUACCUUUCAACACUUCAAGUUACCGAAUGUCCAGUAAUGUUGGAAUUGCCUUGCCUUCCAUCUCUCAGUCAUUUGAAUAUAAGAGGGAAAUGCAGCCAACAUUUACUAAGUUCAAUUAAACAUCAUACUCUUGAAAUUCUUCUGUUCAGUGAUAAUGAAGAGCUAAGUUGCUUUCCAGAUGGAAUGCUAAGAGACCUCCCUUCUCUGAUGUUUCUUAGCAUUUAUGACCUUUCUAAACUUGAGCAACUCCCCACUGAAAUCAAUGAUAUAGAGGAGAUACAAAUCAGUGGUUGUGAGAAUCUCAAGUCAUUGCCAGAUGAAGUAUUACAUAGGUUACGCUCUCUUAAGAAUUUGAGUAUUGCAAGGUGCCAAAAGUUCAAGCUAUCAGAAAGUUUUCAAUACCUCACUUGUCUUGAGAAAUUGAUAAUUCAAAGUUGCCUAGAAAUAGAAGGUUUGCAUGAGGCAUUACAACAUAUGACUGCUCUUAAAUAUUUGAUAAUGAGUGACCUUCCAAACCUGGCAUCCCUACCUGACUGGUUAGGAAACCUAGGCUUACUUAACCAAUUAACUAUUUCUCUUUGUCCAAAGCUGACAUGUCUUCCCAUGAGCAUUCAACGUCUUACUAGUCUGGAACAUUUGAGAAUUUACGGUUGCAGUGAGUUAGGGAAACGAUGUAAAGAGAAUACGGGUGAGGAUUGGCACAAAAUAGCUCACAUUCAACGCAUUCAAGUAGACGACCAAGGAAUGACUUUCGGAGGAGGAGGAGGAGCUUAUGAAUCUGUUUUUUACUUCUAG